CCAAUUAUCGAAAUUGCAAAACAAAAAUCGAUAAAAAAAGAAAAGUGGAAAUCAAGGCAUCAGUUAACAGUUAUACUCCACCUUAUGGGCAAUUUCCCCAAUCAACCUCCAUCGCACCCAAAUUCCCCAUCAUCGGGGUCGAGCUUAUUUUCCUGUCCUUUUCGUUAUUUUUUCAAAAUUUUCCUAUUUUAAAGCCUGGUGAGUGAUGACAAUCGUCUGCUCCAAAACGCAGUACAGUCUAAGAUGUUCCGACCGUGUGAUCAUUCCUGUCCGUUAUUCUUGGCAAUUUACUUGAAAAGCUCCUGUGAAAGUGUGGCCAUGGCAGCAAGUCUACAAAAAAUAUGGUAGCUGCUGGAUGGGCUUGGCUACUUUGCGUUGUUAUAGGAACGCUGAAACCACUUAAGAGUUCUACUACAGCUUGAACCAAAUUUCUUAUACCGAGAUCACAAGACAACUAGAAUACGACAGUUGGCUGCUGGUUAGCUAGUUGCUGACGAGACUGAUGCUGUAACCACGUGCUGAAAAAGGACAAAGAAAUUGGUGUGUGCGUGUUAGCUUCGUAGCCAUUAAUGCUGGAAGAAUUUAUCCACAUAACAGAGAAAGCAAACAAACCAAAGGAGCACAGCCAGCAACUGCCCCAACCCAAUCCAUUGCAGCAAUACAAAGAAGAGCAUCAUAAAGUUCUGUGCAUCAACAGCAAUUUAGCUGUUGACUUACCGGAAACUGAUGGCCUCAUCAUGGAACCCAAUGUCCAUCCAAGCCAAUGGAUGACGUAUGAUGGUGGACAAGAAAACGACACUGAUGAUCGCAUCUUUUUCCAUGAAACGAGCGGUCACAGCGACCUUAGUCUGAGACAAUGCUGCGCAGUCGAAUCGGCGGCCAGACAUAAUCCUGACCGGCCCAUCCAGCUGUUCAUGCGAUCGCCUGCAACCUGCAUUUCUGACAACAGCCCAUCUUCUUUACACAGUCCGUCGUGGCUAAAAGUUCUGUCGCGAUAUUCGAACGUGGCAGCUGUCUUGCUCAACGAAGAGCGGUACUUUGCUGGAACACCGUUGGAGGACUGGUACUCGAAGGGAGUGUGGCGUACGAGUCGGUUCCAGAUAGGACAUUUGUCCGACUACAUCCGCAUCUUGUCGCUGUACAAAGGAGGUGGCCUGUAUUUAGACAUGGACAUUCUGACCCUUAGAGCUUUUAAAGGUGCUAUGUUUCGGAACUGUUUGGUCUACGAAAAUGACGCCAUGGACACGAUAGGAAACAGCGUCCUGCACUUGGAACGCGGGCACAGGCUCACUAGCGAACUGAUUCAAUUGCUCUCAGAAGAAUAUGACCCAGAAGCUUAUGUUUAUCACGGGCCGGAUGCCAUUGCUGAAAUUAUGAAUCGUAUCUGCAAAUUAGUGGCAGGAAAUCCGAAAUCCAACGAAUGCGAUAACGUCCGACUCUUGUCUCACCGCCAUUUUCAUCCCGUGCCGGCCAUGUUUUCCCACAUGCUGUUUCAGAGUAAUGGCAACUUAAGUGACGUUGAAACGCUGUUUCAUAUUAAGGAGAGCUUUGGGCUUCACCUAUGGAACUCGAUAUCUUUACGAGAACCAAUGAACGUGGAUAAUCCGAACCAAAUCGUGGCCAUAAUUGCCCGUCAACACUGUCCACUAACUGUUAGUAGGGCAGCCGAUUUCAAAUCUCUUUAAAUUUACCUGAUGUUUAAUGUUGUUUAUUAUCAGUUGUUCAUUAUUGGAUGCAAUUACGAGUUUAUUCAAAUAAUAUGACUAAAAUGUUGAUAUAUUUUUACGGCUAUGCGUAAGAAAAUGCAAUCGUUAGCCUUCGUUUCGUCCAUAACCCUAUAAUAAAUACACUUAAGUUUGGCCCAGCAGUGCUAGAGAAAUGGGUGAGGUGGCACCUGACAGUUGUUUCUUAAAUGAGAUUUUUAUAGUAAAUGAAUACUUCAUUAGG